GGGAACUCAAGUUGAAAAAAAUUUAGCAACUAAAAAAUAAUCAGUAUGGCUUUAUUUACCUUACAAUUAGUCAUACUUGUGCAACAGGUUCUUUAUCUAAUCCUCAACCCAGGUUUAGCAGGAGCUUCUGCUGCUGUAGGAGUAUGUUAUGGGGUGCAAGGAAGCAACCUCCCAUCUCCAAUAGAGGUGGUGUCCAUGUACCAACGGACCCAAAUCGGUAGAAUGAGGCUUUACCAACCAGACCCUUGGGUUUUCGAAGCCUUGCGACAUUCAGAAAUUCAUGUCAUGGUUGGUGUCCCAAACCAAGAUAUCCAAGAUCUUGCAUUGUAUUAUGAUGUAGCCCUAGACUGGGUCACCACCAAUAUUCGACCUUACUGGCCUGACGUCAAAUUUCGACACAUAGUCGUAGGAAACAACGCCGUUCCUGGAGAAUCGGCAGAAUUUGUCCUCCCGGCAAUCAAAAACCUCCACAAUGUCCUUAAAGAUGGUGGCCUCUGGCAUAAAAUUAAGGUGACUACAUCAGUUCCCAGUUUGGUCAUGGCUCAAUUUUUCCCACCAUCAGCUGGAAUUUUUACUGAAGAAAGCAGGUUUUAUAUGGAACCAAUAGCUCACUAUCUACAUAGCAUUGGUGCACCACUUGUAGCCAAUAUAUACCCUUACUUCAGCUACGUCGAAAACCCGCAAAAUACAUGGUUGCCUUACGCAUUGUUCCUGAAGGAUUCACCAAUGUUUACGGACUCAGGAAAUGAAUAUCUGAAUUUAUUUGAUGCUACAGUUGAUGCACUCUAUGCUGCUUUAGAGAAAGUGGGUGCCAAGGAAUUGAAGAUUGUGGUGGGCGAAACAGGUUGGCCAUCAGAGGGAACUAAUGAAGCUGCCAGGGAUUGGAUUGCUUGGAUUUACAACUCCAACUUAGUUAAGCAUGUAUUGUCUUCUAAAGGUACUCCAAGAAGGCCGGGCAAAUCGAUCGAGACAUACUUGUUUUCAUUGUUCGACCAAGAUCUGAUGUUAGGGAAUGAACAUAAUUCCUUCGGGUUGUUCGGACCUGAUUUCCGCCCGCAUUAUCCUGUUGAUUUCAUGCAGCCCAAGGGGAAUUAGUUUCGGACAACAGACAGCUGCAAUAUAUAGGUUAAAGAAUAUGAAUAAUAAUGAAUGUGUACUUUGACAUAUAAUGAUCACAACAACAAUAAUGAUAGCAGAAAUCCAACAUUCAGAUGUAUGAACUAAAAGCAGCAAAAUGUAGUGGAACUGAUAAAUAAAUGUACCAACGUUAUAUGCAUCUCAUCUCUUUUGUACCAAAAAACAUUUCC